CUCGCUGAUGAUUUUCAGUGCCAGCCUCAGCAGGAGCCCACCAGAGGGCAGGAGCAGGGAGCAGUGCCAACCCCUGGGGGAAGGGACAACCGGGCAGGACACCAGGGUUUCGAAGCCCAGGCUGGAAGAAGGGCAGCUGAGCUGGCCUGGCUGGGGAGGAUGAAAGAUGGAGUGGCCAGGCCCUCCUCCUACCAACCCCACCCCACCAUCGCUGGGCACAGGGGCUGACUCAGCCCAUUCUCGGGCCCAGAAUCUUCCCUGUGCUAGACCCUGGGGCCUUUGUCCCCACAGUCAUGAGGCCUGAAGGGGGUGGGGACAAUGUCGAUAAAAAGGCACUAGAGGCAGCUCCCACACCCCUCCUCAGAGCUGCUGCCCACAUGCAGCCCCGGAUGCGGCCCCUAGCCCAGGCCCUGCCCUUCUCCCUCGGAGCGGUUCUGCGAGACACUGGACUCCGGGUGCCCGUCAUGAAGAUGGGCACAGGGUGGGAGGGCCUGCAGCGGACCCUGAAGGAAGUCGCCUACAUCCUCCUCUGCUGCUGGUGUAUCAAGGAGCUGCUGGAUUAAUGGUAGCGGGGGACUGCCUCCUCCCUGCCGGCACCAUGGCCGGCAUCGCUCAGCUCCCAGCCCAACCCCCAUCAAGACUCCUGGGGCCAGCUGUGCUUCACCAAGGAUGGGCGUCAAACAACGGGUGAAGUGUGAUCCUGCUUUGAGUUUGUGCCAUCUGUCAGACCUGCCUCAUCUCUGGGCCUCUAUUCCCAGGCCCCACCUCCAGUGCCCCUCUGGUGUACAGGAGCUUGGCCUGCUGGCUAGGACCCCAGUCAGGCUGCAGCAGGACCUGGCGCUCCCCCAAGCCUGACACAGCGAGCCCACCGGCCCAGAUGGCUGAUCUCAGUACCAGGAAUGGGCUGCCCCCAGUAUCUCUGUGUGAGAAUCACUGAACUAUAUGUACAAUAAAUAGGCCUUGAGACCAAGAGU